AUGGCUCACGAGAGGACCGCAGUGCGGUUGCGGCAAGCGCCUGCUCCUCCAGCUUUGGUUUCAAAGGCAAUCAGUAUUGGCAAUCUCGUAUUCUGCUCCGAACAAGUGGGUUGCAACGCCAAGACCGGCAUCAUGAUUGAGGAGCCGAUACAGGCGAGGAUGGUGCGCGUUCCCGCCCUUUCAACGCGAAAAAUGAGCCCGUAUUCCAGGAAUGGAUUCAAUGGCAUACAGAAGCAGUCAGUACUGGCUCAGAGUUGA